AUGGAGACCGCCAUCCGCUGGUCCCCAUCCUCCACCACCGCCGAACAACGCUUCCUCUCCGUGGACGUCGCCGGCAAAGCCUUCCACCUAUGCAAGGUAAACGGAUUCGACGGGCACACCCUCCAGCAUGAGGUGCUGUCAACACACACCAAAGUCCCCGCCUUCCGCGCCUUCGAUUGGUCGCCUGUCGACGACUCGCUCGUCGCCGUCGGCCAGUCCUCCGGCGAUGCGACCAUCCUGCGCAUGAACAGCGAGGCUGAGUCGUUCUCGUUUCCCAUUCGGCACCAGCGGUACUGUAAUGCUGUGGCGUUUAGCACGCAUGGAUUGCUGGCUGCGGGUUUGGAUCGCGUGCGCAAUGACUUCUGUCUUAAUAUUUGGGACGUCAAUCAGCGGCUUGCUAUGAGGGGCGCGAGGGGCUUUGUGGAGCCGCUGAGGAAGUUGGCGAGCUCCGAGCCUAUCACUAGUAUUAAGUUCUUUCGCGAUCAGCCGGAUACGUUGGUUACUGGUGUCAAGGGGCAGUUUGUUCGGAUCUAUGAUUUGCGAGAAGGACCAGGAAAUCCGUCGUUGCAGUUCCCUACCCGGUGCGUCCACAACUUGGCGAUCGAUUGGUUGGACGAAAACUACAUCGCUUCCUGUCUGCCCUCCAACGAGGCGACCAUUUGCGUCUGGGACCGACGGGUGGGGUCGCGCUUUGCGCCGGGCAUUGGGCCGACGAACGUGCCUGGGCCAGACAUCCAGCCGGGCCCGGCUCUGGAGUUCCGGAACGUCGUCGCGCCCAAGUCUUCUAUCUGGAGUCUUCGCUUCUCGCGAACCAAACGAGGCUGUCUGGGCGUGCUGUCCAGUACGGGCCACUUAAAAACGUACGACAUCGCCAAAGAAUACCUCGCAGAGGACUAUCGGCAUUCGAUGGACCAGACCCUCGGCCACGGCUCGUUCAGGAACUAUCCGGAGCAGGUUUACACCAAACAUGUCCGGGAUAUCUACAGUCCGUUCAAUCACCCUUCUCGUGGAUACCCCGAGUCUGAACGAGUCGUAUCUUUUGACUUUCUCAACCUCACCGCGUCCAACGAACCCAGUGCCAUAACCCUAUCUGGAAACGGAAAAGUCAACGUCGUGGCGGUGAAACCCCCCGCUCCCCCGGUCCGACUGUCGUCCCAAGGCUCCCUGGUCUGGGGCAGCCCGGACGAACUCGCCGGCUUCAAAACGAUGAGUCCGGCGCCGUCCCCCGAGUGGAAAGCCUCGGACAUGGUUGAGACGAUACGCGAGCGCGUUCUUUCCGGCAGUGAUGUGUUAACUGAGGCGCCAGCCGUCAAGAACAGCCAACCUCCGCAGCCGCUUUCCAGCCGGGAGGUGCGCGAACGCGAGCUGUCGCUGGGCACCGGAGGCAAACGUCUCACGGCAGAAGAGGCACUGACCCUGAUGACGGUGAACCGGCUUCGGUGCAAGGAGGGCUAUCUAUUCGACGAGGCGCGCAACAGGGAAAUUGUGGCGGAGGAUCCGUCUCUCCAGGGCUUUUGGGAUUGGAUCGAACGCGCACGAACCGACGCUUCCGGCGAGACGAUGAUCCAGAAUGGCUUGGAUAUGAACUAUCUAGGGGUGUACGAUGUGUGGAACAAUGAUCUAGGUGAGUCUCGUCACUUGUCCCCGCUGGAUGGUGCGGGUGUGAACCACCACGUUGGCGAGGCCAUUAUCGAUCUGGUUCAGGAACGACUGAACCUACCGGAAAUGAAAUCCCGUCCGACACAACGCCCAGAGCACCGUCGCCUCUGCCUGCGACUCUGCGGGGCAGCGCAAACCAACCGCGAACUAGAGGAUGCCGUGAAGGCGCUGUCCGCCGAUAACCAGCAUACCAAAGCGGCCGCGCUGGCAGUCUUCCAAGACGAAGCCAAGCUGGCGUACCUGGCGCUGCGCAGCAACGAACCCGCGCAAGCGCACAAACUUCUCGCCAUGGCCAUUGCCGGAGCUGCCAAGGGCGACACCGACUCGGACUGGGAAGACACGUGCGCCGAGAUCGCCAAAGAGCUGACCGAUCCAUACGCGCGGGCGAUCCUAGCGCUCGUGAGCAAAGGCGACUGGCACUCUGUCAUUAACGAGACCACACUCCCGCUCCGGUACCGCGUCGAGGUCGCCAUCCGAUGGCUCCCAGACGACGAGCUAAGCACCUACCUACGGGAAACAACAGACGAAGCAAUCCGCCAGGGCGACAUCGAAGGCAUAAUCCUAACAGGCCUAGGCCACUCCGCAAUCGACCUCUUCCAAUCCUACAUCCAAAAAUUCAACGACGUGCAAACCCCCGUCCUAGCAAUGAGCCACACUGUACCCCGAUUCAUCAACGACGCCCCGCGCCGCACACGCUUCGAAGCCUGGCGCGAGACCUACCGCUGGCAAAUCAACUCCUGGAAACUACAACUCGAGCGUGCCCGCUUCGACGUCGGAUCCCGCAAAUUCGCCAUCACCUGGGACGGACAGAAACUGAUCGAGCCGCCGCGCCAGCAAGUCAGCCUCACCUGCAACUACUGCACGCGGCCACUAACACAGCACGACGCGUCCUCCCAGCUCUCGCCCUCCUCCUCCUCAGGCGAGGUCGUCGUGCACCCGACACCGGGGAACCCACUCGGCACGGCCGCCAUGUCAGGCAUGAUCUGCCCCCGCUGCGGCCGCCACAUGCCCCGCUGCGGCGUGUGCACGCUGUGGCUGGGCUCGCCGGACCCGAUGUCCAAGGCGGCUAUCGCGGCGGACAGCAUCAUGCAGGACGACUCACGCACGCCGUCCGAGGUGGACAUGAUGAGGCGGUUUGUGGUGUUUUGCAUUAAUUGUAAUCAUGGGUUUCAUGCGCAUCAUGCGAGGGAGUGGUUUGCGAGACAUAAGAGAAAAGGCAGAGGCCCCCUCAGCCGCGAUGUCCUCGUGUCCAAAGCACUGAGCCGUCUGCUCCGCCAUGCGGCCGAGAAAGAGGGUCUGAAGAUGGAUGAGCAGGGGUAUGCGAAUGUCGCGGAUGUGCUAGCGUGGAAUAGGCUCAAAUCCCUCAAAGUGACGUUUCCAGAAGUCCGCGACGCCGUCGCUACAUCAGACAAGAAGCGUUUUGCGCUUCUCCAUAUUCCUUCUUCCACCUCCACCACCACAACCCCUCCAACCGAUAACGCCAACGACAACACCGACAGUAAUAAAAACGGCGAAGAAAACACCCCCACACAAGACACAACAACAGCAACAGCCCUCACCGUCCCCGACACCAACCCCGCCAACUUCCUCAUCCGCGCCACCCAAGGCCACAGCAUCCAAUCCGUCGACGCCGCCUCCUUCCAAGAGCGCCUCACCCUCGACGAACCAGACAAACUCCCCCGCACCGUUGUCCACGGCACCUUCCACAGCACCUGGCCCGCCAUCCUCGCCUCAGGCGGCCUGCGCUGCAUGAAGCGGAACCAGAUCCACUUUGCGACUGGUCCGUCACUGGAGUCGGUUCUGGAGGGGCCAGCGACGCAGACGGCGGAUCCGCCGGUUGUGUCGGGGAUGCGGCGCGACGCGCAGGUGUUGAUUUAUGUGGAUUUGCGACGGGCGCUGGAGGCGGGUGUUCCGUUUUGGAGGAGUGAGAAUGAUGUGGUUUUGAGUGAGGGUGUUGCGGUUUCUAAGGAGGGAGAGGGAGAGGGAGAGGGGGAGAAGAUCCUUCCGUUGGAGUUUGUGGAUGUUGUUGUGGAGAGGAAGCAGGGGUUGGGGAAGAUUUGGGAGCGGGGGGAGGUACUGCAGGAGUUGCCGGUUGAGUUGACGAGUCGGGGGACUCCUAAGGGGAGGGGAGGCAAAAUGAUUGAAAAAAUGCCCACCCACCGCUUCGACCCCAACUUCACAGACAAUGUCAUCAACGCCAUGGGUCCGAAGGUGACCCCGCGCUUCCGCCAGCUCAUGGCCAGCCUCACCAGACAUCUUCACGACUAUGCGCGCGAGAACGAGCUAACAGUCGACGAAUGGAUGGCCGCCGUGCAGAUGAUGAAUUGGGCGGGCCAGAUGAGUACCGAGAAGCGAAAUGAGGGACAGUUGAUGUCUGAUAUCUUUGGGUUGGAGUCGUAUGUUUCCUCCUUCCUAUCUAUCUAG